UUUUGGUAACACGAUGAAAUAAAUAAUAUUUUAAUGGUUACUAUUGUUCAUUUUAUUAGGUGAUGUAUUUGUUAUUUAUUUCGGUGUUUCAUUUGAAUACUGCGGUACAAAUGAUUAUAAUGGCAGAAAGUCGUGUCUCUAGUGUUAUUGAAGUCUGUGAAACCGAAUGACAAAACAGAGACAUCUAAUUGUUAAAAGUAUUGUAAUGUGUGUAAAAGUUUGACCUUUUGAAACUUUUUACAUAAAAGUCUUUUUUCUAUACAAACUACCAGUUUAUUGAAAACAACAUUUCCUUGUAUUAUUUCAAGACAACAUCGACGUUUUUGUGUUUUUUUUUUACGUUCAUUUACUUUGUUUAUUAUGAAUUUGGUGGGUUUUCUUGUGCAGUAACUUAACGACGGAUUCAAUAAUAUAGGUCCAUUCUUAUUUCCUGUCUUCAAUUUUGAUAUAACCAUUGCUAUGGUGCUACGAUAAAAAGGUUGUUACGGGGAGAUAUUGUCAUGGAUUUUCCUCAGUUCCAUGAAAUUGAACAACUUACAAGUGAUGCAAUAGAAAACAAGUGAUUGUGGUAACUGACAUAAAACUGUUGGUGUGCCCUAGCAGGUACUUUGUAGUGGAGCCACCAGGCUAUGGCCAACUUGAAUUUUGAGCAGCCACCACGCAGUAUUGCGAACGCAAGCCUUACAUCACGCACAGGUGGUGGGGGGGGCUUAAAUUCAUCGACCCUCACGGGUCAUGUCACACCUACUUCGGGCAUGUUCUCAGGCUCAUCUGCAAGCACUUCAAGUUCAGCUAAUUCUGCGGUAGUAGUUACUAACGUUUACCCUGGAGCAUCAGGCACUGGAGGUGGACAAAAUAGUCAUCAACCUCAACAGCAACAGCUCUCUCCUAUGGGCAGUAGAGGACUGUUUGGGCAAAGAGCUUUUACUGAUAGACGUACAAUGCCUGCUCUUGGAACAAAUCCAAUGGGUAGCAUGGGCACUUUUGGAAUACCUCAAAGUCGUAAUUACGGAUCUCAAAUCAAUAAUUUUCACUCUGUUUUUGGCAGUGGAGGAGGUGGUGAUACAAGUACUCCUCCAUUGUUGGAUUUAUCUGAGUUUCCUUCAUUAACAAACAGAGGGCAGGGUGAUUCUAUGCCACAACCUAGUCCUAUGCCAGGAAAACAACCUUAUGUUGGAAUGGUAAAGCAACCAACAUCUGAAUCAAGUGAAUUUACAAUGAGUUCAGAAGAUUUCCCAGCAUUACCAGGAACACAAAAUAGAGAAGGGCCGUCGCCAGGUGGAAGUGUUUCCGGUGAUAAAAAUAUACCUGUUGGACUUGGUCCUGACAUUGGACAAGAUGUAUUACAAGCGAAUAGAGCACCUGGAUCUGAGAAAUCUCAGUCAUCUAAAAGAGGCAUACAAACAUCUCCUGAUGGCAAGGUGACUAAUAUACCAGCAAGUAUGGUAAAAGAUCAAUUUGGAAUGGUUGGAUUAUUGACGUUUAUUAGGGCAGCUGAAACAGACCCGAAUUUAGUAUCUCUGGCAUUAGGUCAAGAUCUAACUGCGUUAGGAUUAAAUCUUAAUUCGCCAGAAAAUCUUUAUCAAAAUUUUGGCGGACCUUGGGCAGAAACACCAUGCCGACCUCAGGAUAUUGAUUUUCAUGUACCACCAGAGUAUCUUAUUAAUGCCGCCAUCAGAGAUAAAUUAGCGCCAGUUAAAUUAAAUCGAUAUAAGGAUGAUUUAUUAUUUUACAUGUUUUAUACAAAUGUUGGGGAUGUUCUACAAUUAGCGGCCGCGGCAGAGUUGUAUAGUAGAGAGUGGCGAUAUCAUAUGGAAGAAAAGGUGUGGAUAACGCAAGCACCGGGAUUGGGUCUUGUAGAAAAAACAUCGACAUACGAACGUGGUACUUAUUAUUAUUUUGAUGCACAGAGUUGGAGAAAAGUAGCAAAGGAAUUUCAUUUGGAUUAUACGAAACUAGAAAGUAGACCUCAUCUUCCCACAAACUUUCACCAAACCCAGCCUUGACUACAGAUCUGCUUGCAGACUAUUGUGUUGUCUUUAAGCUGGACAGGAAACAGCUAUUGUAUAAAUGAACAAAUUUAAUAAUCUUUAAUAAAAAUAUAAAAUUUGAAGAGUAAUUAAAUGAAGUUCUUUAAUUAACUUAUAGUUAAGAAUAGGAACGAGC